AUUUUUCGAUUCUCUUUCAGAGCUGUGAUACUUCGUCAUGUCGACGCCUGCUGUCUCGCGACUUUCGUACACUCCCUGUGGAAACCAAAACGAGAUGAACCGUCUGCACCUUCCAUUGCCUCCAGACGCAGCAUUACGUGAUUUUCACCUGGAAGGGUCAGUCACUGCCCGUGCGUCCAGGAAAUCUAUUUCAUUAUGGCAAUCAAAUGUUUCUGAAGCAGAAUUUCGGCAGAUUUCAUGAUGAGCAUCUAAGAUAUGGCUUCUCGAGUGCAGUGAAGUCACGAAAAAAAGCCUGCAGAUGCGAUGUGCUUCGCAGAGCGGCUUUUCUGCGAAGUAGAACGGGCGGAUCUUAUUUUAUUCGACGCAGGACACGGACGUGAUUCAUCCCGUGGAAAAAGCCGUUCUGAUUGGGUCAUUAGAUGAAAGCCCGCGUGCUGCGGGAUGCAAACAACUUCGGCAUUGAGCAGAUGCAGUCUGAUUGAACCUUCGCGUGAAAAUGAGAGUAACUCACAGAUCAAGAGAGAGAGAGAGAAAAGUUCGUGAGUGUGCGAAACUGCGAGUGGGGCCAUGACGAAGGACAGAUUAGCAGCGUUGAAAGCAGCGCAAGGUGACGAUGACGACGAAGACGAGCCAUUUGCCAUGGAAAUCCCCGAGGGUUACAUGAGCGAGUUCUUUCAGGAGGUUGAAGAGGUGCGAGAGCAGGUGGAAGGAAUACAGGCAAAAGUGGAUCGUAUCAGGAAGAUUCACUCUGACCUCCUCACGUCUCCUUUCGAAGCAGAAAAGAAACGUCGUGAGCGAGAAGACAUCAUGCAAGAAAUCAAGCGUAAUUGCAACAAGGUUCGGAUGAAGUUAAAAACGAUGGAGCAUAAGAUUGAAGAAGACGAGCGGGUUGACAACGGUUCCGCGGAUUUGCGCAUUAAGAAAUCUCAGCAUUCCAUGUUGUUCCGGAAGUUUGUGGAUGUCAUGAAUGACUACAAUGGCGCUCUCACCGAUUAUUCCGACCGGGCAAAGAAGCGGUUGAAGGACCAAUUGAUUGACACUGGGAAAGAGGUGACAGACAAUGAAGUCGAAGACCUGUUAUCAAAGGGGACUACGUCAGCAUACACCAGUGAUAUCAUUGUGGACGCUAAGAUAAACAAGGAGAUGCUGCAGGAGAUUGAAUCUCGACACGAGGACCUGAUGAAGCUGGAGAACUCUAUCCGAGAGCUACAUGACAUGUUCAUGGACAUGGCGAUGCUGAUUGAGAAUCAAGGAGAAAUGAUUGAUCGAAUUGAGUACCAUGUGGAGCAUGCCAAGGAUUACGUUGCGCGAGCCACCGAGGACAUGCGCAAAGCCAAAGCCUACCAGGAUAAAGCUCGGAAAAAAAAACUGAUGAUGCUGGGAUGCGGCAUUGUGGUUGCUUCCGUCUUGAUAUUUUCCCUGCUGGGAACCUUCGGGUUAUAGCUCAGAUGCAUCAUUGUCAGCAGCAGCAUAAUGCCUGGUGUGGGGUCUGUAGUUAGACCUGGAUGCUCUUACUCCCUGCUGCAGAUGCUGUCAUCAUCUGGCCACUGUUUUCCACCUCUCCAUUGUUACAUCUAUAGCGAGUGCAUUUGUCUGUUGUGGUGACGGAGCUGAAGUUGUCUGCAAUGAUGUGGUUUUUUGCAUUUCUUUUUUUAUUCAUUUAUUAGGUGUUAGUGCAGUGCUGGAGAGCGUAGCCGAAAUUGUGUUCUCUGUUUUUGAAAUAGAGCCGUCCAGGAGAGGUAAAAAAAAAGCCAGGAAGUCCAAAAAGAUGAGAGUAAUGAGUGUUUUUGUUUUUUGUUGGUUGGGUCAAGUGGAUCUGGUUACUAUUUCUGUGAUAAGUGCCUUUGUUUGUGUCGGGUUCAUUUUGAGUUUGGUUUUUUGGUCAUUGCUGCAAUCAGCAAGCACAUGAGGAGCUUGAUCUCAACUGCUGCUUUUUAUUUCCCAGUGAGCUGAUCGAAAGAUGCAAUAAUUCCUGGUGGUGAGACGAUUGUUGGUCUCUUCAGUGGAACCCCCCGAAACGGAAGAUUUCGAAGCCCUUUAAUUUGAUUAGAACUGAAACCAAAGAAAAAAAAUUCUAAAAAUGUUGGGAGGUAGAAGCCAUUUUGAUCUCAUACCUGGUGAUUAAACUCGGGGGCGAUUGGGUCCUUCUUCAUGCCUUUUUUUUACAUCUGUCUGAGGGUUUUCUUUUUCUCUUCUGUUGUGUGGUCAGCAAAAGAAACUGUCAAAUGGGAGUGUGUUUGAGCAGGCGCUACAACUGGGGUCAGGCUGAAGUGAGAAGUGCUUCAGCCCUGGUUUGAAUCAUCUCACAUCAUGCAAAUAUUGACAAAGAAAAAACAUGUUAUACAAUUUUCUCAAGAUUUGAACUCAGAUCACUUUUGGUCAGAUGUAGAGUUGGAUCAUCCAUUUUUUUCAAAAGGUGGAACAAGCCAUCAGGCGCAUUUGCUUAUUGGGAUGGGAUAUUACUGAUGAUGAGAGAACAAUUGUGUUGAUUAUGCCAAUUUGAGUGUGGUUGAGGAGAUCUACUCAAGAAGAAGAGGCAGAAUCGCAUGUGCAAUUUUUUCUUGUUUUCAUUCUUUUCACAUGGUAGCUGAUUGAUCAAGCAAUUUGAUGAGUGGAGCUGAAAUGUAUAUGAUCACAUCAUGAAUUGAA